ACCCUGUAUUCACUAUAUCUGGUCUCCCCAGACCCUGAAUUCACUAUAUCUGGUCUCCCCGGACCCUGCAUUCACUAUAUCUGGUCUCUCCAGACCCUGCAUUCACUAUAUCUGGUCUCCCCAGACCCUGAAUUCACUAUAUCUGGUCUCCCCGGACCCUGCAUUCACUAUAUCUGUAAAGUAAAUAUAAACUGCUAAAUACCAUGGAGAUCAUAUCCCCCCUUAUGUAUUAUACAUGGAUCAUAUCCCCCUUAUGUAUUAUACAUGGAG